AGUAACAUAUAUACAUACAUAUAUGUGUGUAUGUAUACGCAUAUAACGUUCAUACAGGUCGAUGUAAUCAUAAACUGUAGACAUAGUCUGAACACUCCUAGUAUAACGGCGCAGUCAGCUUCAUCUCGAAGAACAGACUUUCAACUCUAGUUACUUUACGAACACUGCAAUCAUUUCAGCUCAAACAACUCCGUUCCGGAAACGCUUCACGUCAAGUGUGGUUAUGUCUGCUGCUGAGAAAAAGGCGAAGACAUCAUCAACAAUGGAAGAUUCAAUGAUCAAUCGUAUUCCUCCAUAUUACUAUCUUCAUGUUCUUGAUCAAAACACUAAUGUAACUCGCGUUGUAAUUGGUCCGAAAACCUACAUCCGGCAAGAAAAUGAGAAAAUUGUCAUGCCUCCCGUUAACAUGAUGACCAUUCCUCCAAGGCAUUUCUGCAUCAUUGUAAACCCGGUUAAAUAUGAUACUGAUGGCAGCAUUUCCUAUGACAAGUAUGGCCAAGCUGAGCUGGCUCAUGGCGAUGAAGAAAUCCGCUUCACACAAAGUCCUUUUCCUCUCUAUCCCGGUGAGAAGAUUAAGCAGAGCGUGACAGCCCUUCAAGUGGUGAAGACUGAUUCUGGUCUCAGGUUGUUGGCAAACGUUGAUUUUACUGAUGAAAGCAAUACGAAAAGAUUGGCAGGAGAUGAAUGGAUGUUUCUGGGACCAGGUACCUACAUACCCAGGAAAGAGGUCGCCGUCUUAACAACAGUGAAUGCCAAGGUGAUCCGUCCAAACCAAGCCCUCCGUUUAAGGGCACGUAGAGAGUGUGUCGAUUGUAAUGGUAUAAAGCGAGUGACAGGGGAGGAAUGGUUAGUCAAAACAACUGGUGCUUACCUACCAAGGGCCUAUGAGGAAGUAGUAAAAACUAUUGAUGCUUAUAUUCUCACUGAAACGACUGCUCUGAAAGUGAAAGCCCUGCAGAAUUUUGAGGAUCGUUUUAAUAAGUUGCGGGAAGCCGGAGAAGAGUGGUUAAUUAAUAUCAAUGACACAAAAUCCUAUAUCCCAGAUGUUUACGAAGAGGUUACUGGUAUUGAAGAUAUUCUCACAUUGACUAACUCCAACUAUUGUGUUGUUGUCAAUCCUGUUGAUGCAAAUGGAAAGCCCCAACUGGGUGAAAAGAAAUUAGUAAAGGGACCAAAAUCGUUUUUCUUAUUACCUGGAGAAUUACUUCCUGACGGUAUACAGGACAAUUAUGUGCUCCAUGAGGGACAAGCCCUUAUUUGUUCUUGUAAUGAACAUUUCCUUGAUACACUUAAUAAUGUUAACCGUAAACCAGGUGAUCGAUGGAUGAUUAGUGGUCCAAUAGAUUAUGUCCCACCAGUUGAAGUUGAAAUUAUCAGAACAAAUGAAUCCAUUGCAUUAGAUGAAAACGAAGGCUUGUACAUAAGAAAUAUGAAGACUGGAAAAGUGAGAUUAGUGAGUGGAACCUCAUAUAUUUUAAAUGAAAAUGAAGAACUUUGGGAGAAAGAUUUACCAUCUGCUGUUGAAGAAUUGCUUAGCUUGGAAUGUGAUCCUUUAGCUGAGCGAGGUACCAGAGCUAAAUCAUCUGACUCGUCUCAUAAGAAACGGAAUAAGACAUUAGCUGUAACUUAUAGAGUUCCCCAUAAUGCAGCUGUGCAAAUUUAUGAUUAUAAGCAGAAGAAAGCAAGAGUGACCUUUGGACCUGACCUUGUUAUGCUUCAACCUGAUGAACAGUUUACUCAGUUGCGCUUAUCUGGAGGCAAACCCAAGAAACCUAACAUGAUUCGUUCUCUAUGUCUACUGCUUGGACCUGAUUUCUGUACAGAUAUCAUCACAGUUGAAACAUCUGACCAUGCACGAUUACAACUUCAGCUCUCCUACAACUGGCAUUUUCAAGUCGAUGACAAAAACGAUCCAGAGAUUGCUGCUAUGCUGUUCAGUGUACCAGAUUUUGUUGGAGAUGCCUGUAAAGCCAUAGCUUCUCGGAUUCGAGGUGCCGUAGCUGGUGUGAAAUUUGAUGAUUUUCACAAGAACUCUGCUAAAAUCAUUCGCGCCUCUGUUUUUGGCGUCACUGAAAAUGCAAAAGUGCGCGAGCACUUCCUUUUCCCACAGAAUAACCUUGUCAUUACAAACAUUGAUAUCCAGUCUGUCGAACCUGUUGAUCAGCGUACACGUGAUGCUCUCCAGAAAUCUGUCCAACUUGCCAUUGAGAUCACCACCAACUCUCAAGAAGCUAAUGCCAGACAUGUGGCUGAACGUCUUGAACAAGAAGCAAAAGGAAACAUGGAAAAACAGAAACUAAAUGAUGAGGCAACAGCUGAAGUGGCCCGAAGUGAACUUUUAGAACUGAAAGCUAAAAGUGCAGCUGUUGAGAGCACUGGUCAAGCGAAAGCAGAAGCCCAGUCGCGAGCAGAAGCUGCUCGUAUUGAGGGUGAAGCUGCUGUUGAACAAGCGAAAUUGAAGACAGCUGCUGAGAAAAUAGAAUCGGAGGCAAAACUGGCCCAAAUCACUCAAGCCCGCAACGCAGAACUGAAGUACAUUGCUGAGAAGAAUGCACUCGAGGUUAACAAGACCACCGAGAUGGGUGAUAUUCAAAUAAAGAUGUUUGAGCGUAUGAUUGAAAGUCUUGGUACUGAAACUCUGAGAGCAAUUGCCAUAUCUGGACAAGAGAGCCAGAUGAAACUGCUCCAAGCUCUUGGUAUCAAGUCUACAUUGAUUACAGAUGGAAGCACUCCAAUCAACCUCUUUAAUUUGGCUCAAGGCAUGGUUGGAGGUUUCAUCAACAGUGGCCAAGAAAGACCUUAUGAUGCCAGCCUUGUAUCACAGCAUGAAUCAGAAUAGACAACAAGAUGUCUUUGGAUGAGACAUAUUUUCCCAUUUGUUUCUCUUUUUUAUUUGUUUCUGUGUCUUCUCAUGCUCUUUCACACUGCAUGCAUAUAUAUAUCAUAUUUCAUAUAUUUUAUAUAUGUGUACAUAUAUAUGUAGUUUCUUUAAUUCCUGCCAUAUCAUACCUACAUACUUAUAUCCUGGAAUUUAGAGAAAGCUGUUUUCAGACUUCCAUUGUAGUUUCUCAAGCAAAAUACAAACCUUGAAACCAUGGUACUGAAGUAACUACAGGCAAUAUAUAUAUAUAUAUGUGUGUAUAUAUAUAAUGCUCUACAAGACUGCAAGUGCCUAUUGAGUAAUUUGUUCUAACUACAUACUACAUUGAUUACAAUAUAUAUAUAUAUAUAUAUAUAUAUAUAUAUAUAGGAAUUAAAAAAAUUUUUUGCUGCUUUGUAUAGAACCUUUCUUUACCUAUCAUGGCACUGUAUACACACUUCUAAUUAUUCCUUAUAAUAUUUAAUAUCAUUGCAAUAUUAUUAAUAUCAAUAAACUUUUUAUAGAAGUU